ACCGGUUUAUGUUGUCAUUUCAAUUAGACAACUUUAUUGUGUAUAUACCCAGAACGAAUACCGGUUUUGUGAUAAGCGGCUCUAUUUAUAUAUAAGAUUGUUCCCAUCAGUGCGCAUUUGUGAUUCUUAGAACGGAGAUGUCGCACGGUCUACGCUGCGGGGGUUUCCUGCUAUUUUUAGCAUUGGCUAGCGGCUACACAGUGCCAAAAGCCAAAAUCGAAGUGUUUUAUCCCAAAGGAUUUGAGGUGUCCAUUCCACACGAGGAAGGGAUAACGCUGUUUGCCUUCCAUGGCAAGCUGAACGAGGAGAUGGAGGGUCUGGAGGCGGGCACCUGGGCACGUGACAUUGUCAAGAUGAAAAACGGACGUUGGACUUUCCGAGAUCGACAAGCUGUGCUAAAACCAGGCGAUGUUCUAUACUAUUGGACCUACGUUAUCUACAACGGCCUGGGUUAUCGCGAAGACGACGGCGCCUAUGUAGUCAGUGGUUACAAUGGCAGCACACCCGUUUCAUCGACUCCAGCAACCCGUGUGCCUAGCCCGGACUUUACUUUCCCAACUCCAGAUAUUGACAUCAGACUUGGCAACUGUGAGGCGCCCAAGACUCAAGCCAAUGGCGCUCCAGUUCGAUGUGCGAAUCAGCAAAUCUUCGCGGAUGACUUCAAUGGCGGCAAACUGGAUGCAUCCAAGUGGAAGCUGGAGCAUCGUUUCUCUGGUGCUCCAGACUACGAAUUCAACAUCUAUGUGAACGACGCACCUCAGACGUUGAGCCUGCAAAACGGACAUGUGCAGAUCCAGCCCGUCGCCACGAAGCGUUUCUUCAAGCGGAGAUUGGGGGAGAUGCUAGAUCUGGGAGGCGAAUGCACGGGCGAGAAGAACUCGGCAGAUUGUGUGCGAGAUCCAAGUAGGAGGCGCGACAAGCUGCCUCCACUGGUGAGUGCGCAAUUCUCCACCAAGGAGAGCUUCUCCUUCAAGUACGGACGAGUCGAGGUGAGAGCUAAGAUGCCCAGAUCGAAGUAUUUGGUGCCUCAGCUAUGGCUGCAGCCCAAGUACAAUGUCUAUGGCAAGGAGGACUAUCAGUCGGGGCAGGUGCGCAUCGGCUAUGCGCGUCAGGUGCCUGGCGGCCAACUAGAUCUAUAUGCUGGCAUCCUGCUCACUUCCAAGGAGCCGUUGCGUUCGGCCAAACUAUGCCAUAAGCUGGGCACUGGCGCUAGCAGCGAGGAUUGGAGCGAUAACUUCCACAAUUAUACGCUAGAGUGGACGCCACGUCAACUGAAGUGGUUCGUGGAUGGACGAGAAAUAUGUUCCCAGGGUAGUGAUUCGGGUGCGUUUAGUAGCACCAUCGCAGACGACCAAAGGCUUCCGAAUGUGGACGAGCUGGAGAAGGGCACAGGAAUUGCGCCAUUCGAUCAGGAGUUCUAUUUGACGUUUGGCCUCGGCGUAGCGGGCUUCAAUGAGUUCUUCUACGACAAAGAGAAGCCAUGGCGUGACCAGGACACCAUUGCCAUGACACAGUUUCUGAAUAGCAUCAAAGACCGACUGGAUCAGUGGUGUGAUGACGCUGAGCUGAAAAUAGAUUACGUCAAGAUUUUUUCUGUAUAAAAUGAUUAAAUUUUU